AUGAGUACUUUUCGUGGAAAAGAAAUAUUCGAUGCCCAUAUUCGUAAGUAACGAAUUAGUCUUAGUCAAUGUAAAUUUAAAAGCAUAAUAUUGACAGUUUGCCGAUGUAAAGCGGGACAGGAACUACGUACUCAACCUCGACAAAAUUUUAAUACAAAAUAUAAAGCUUGGUUUAAAUCAUUGUGCUACUCUGUACCUCAAAUGAACAAAUUUCAGCUAUUCAUAUUAACACACACAUGCCCGGCUCAACAACGCUAAUCUAAACUUUCCAAAUAUCACACGAUGGCAGCAGACUGGAGUGGUGGAAAGGCUGUUUCUGCGCGGAGGCUAUUCUAAAAGCAGUUAGUGUGACGUGAACACAUUGUUGUGUUUAAAAAACUCGCCUUUAUGGCUUUUUUGCUUAUAAGUUUCGUAGAGACAUCUCUGCGUCAAAUUCUUCUGCAUGCAAGGAACUGUAGUAAGAUAUAUUUGCUAUGUACAUGCAGAUUUCCGUAUCAUCGAAAGAAGGGCCCCACCUAGAUUAAUGCAAAGGUCGACUUUCCUAGAAAAUAAAAAUAAAAAACUGUGGUCAGAUUCUUAGAUUACCCGCACUUAACGGUAGGAAGAUUCAGCUGUACGAGCCUCUUUCUUUUCUUUUCUUUUUUUUCCCCUUUUUUUCCUCGGGCGAUUUACAAAAUGAACUUCCUUCACCUUUUAGCUUGGGUUGCCUUAUAUUCAAACCACGUGAUGUUUUCAAGGGAUUUUGAUAACAUAAUGUAGUCUGAUGGGGGUAACCCAAGCUAACUGACGAGGCCUUGUUCUUAGAUGGGAGACAAGUGGCACAAAUAACAUUUGGUUAGGCAAUCCUCUUUUUUUUCUUUGUUUACUGUCGAAUGCGUUUCCUGAUAUUGGGUCAGUGGGUCGGAUUGAAAAAACAAAAAACCUGAAAAAAAAUCACAAGAAGUCUUGGAAUAGUAGGCCCUGGUACCCCAGGACGACGUUAAAAGUUAGCAUUCACAUAUUUGGAUUAACAAAAUGUACAAUAUACUGUGAAAAUUGUUCAUGUUUUUGUUCCUGUUUUUCUCUAUGCUGUUACUAUGCUCCUUUUUCAGAUUAAAAGAAUUAUUUCAAGUGAAAAAUGGUGUAACUACGUCGUUGCUUUUUUUUUUUUGAAAAUGCCAAAAAUUUGGGUCAGUCAGACGACGGUAAAUGUAGAGAAAAAAGAGGAUGGCCUUGGUCCAAAUUAAGAAUCCAGAGCAUAAUAAUCUACCUUCUAGAAAUUAUUGGAACAAGUGGCACUUUCACAUGAGGUAAAAGCCCUGCAGGCCUACUGAUGCUUUUUAUCACUAAGUUUGUUGUGUGAAUGUUUAUGUCCUGUGUCCUUAGUUUUUGUCAUAAUUAUUUAGCCGUUCAAAGCUUGUCACCUUUAACAAAUUUGACGGCUGGGUUCUUUGGUGAACCUGGGAAAAUUCAAAACCCAAUAGCACACGUGCAGGCUUACACUCCUUCGCCCCAUUCUUCUUGCCAGUUUUGCCAGCAUAUACCGCCAUACGGUAAUUUUCCAUGACCUCACACAAGUGAAGCAGCUAGCAGGCUUCUAUAAUUUUAAAACUCAUUGUCUGAGGUAUUAGUGAGGAUUAGUCUUGUUCUGACAUCAUUUUACUAUCGUUUGUCUUUGUUGCUGUUGUAGCUUCAACCCACAUAAAUGUGCUGUUUGUCACCUUUUCAUCAGUAUUGUGUCCCUAUUUUAAAGGCAAUGUUGGUAAGGGAGUGGAGGGUAGGGGAGUCCAUAUUUAAACUUCCUAUGGAUUUCCAAGUCAGCUAAAAUAAAAUGAGUAUUUUUCUUAAAUAUUAAUGUUUUUCUGUAUGUUGAGGGCAUCAGGGGUCUCUGGAAACAUAGUAAGGUUAAGAUAGCCUCAAGGUCUUCACUUGGAAAGGUACUCAGUGCUUGUUGGGAUAUUGCUGUGAAUUUUUUUAACCACAGUCAUGUAUUGUUUAUUGUUUAUUUUUUAAUGUACUAAAUGUAACUAGUUGCAAAUCUGUUGAUUUAUAUUUCUUAGAUUUAUGGGACAACGAAAAGUAUUUCUAUCCUUGGCCAUCUGCAGAUCUGAGUGGCAUUUGUAGACCAUUUCAUUUAAGUGAUCUUGAAGAUGCAAUGGCGCCAUCUCCUGUAAGAAAGGUGGUCUUCAUUCAAGUCAACCAAACAUAUGAUGAAACAGGUAAAUUGGGAAAUAACUUUGAUUCAGUUAAUAAGGGACAAUUCAUUAAUAGAAGUCCUCACUCACAGAUUAAUUAAUGAUUGAUUUCUUAUGACUACUUUUAUAUAGAUUUUUUUUUCAUUCUUGUGGGGUUUCCAUUGCACUAGCAUAUAUUUAAAAAAACCACUAUAAACUGUCUUCUCCCCCCAAAUUAGUUUGGCCUUGUUUUAAAGUGUUAAAAUGUUUUAAAUGUUAACUGAAUGAACAAACACAUUACAGUUUACUACAAGAAUUUUAUCAAGAAAAUGCAUUUUGAUGCAUUUAUAUUAUAAGUCUAAAUUUCUUUGGGACACCCAUCCUGCUGAUCAUGAAAUCAACAGGCUCAUAUGUGACAUAAAUUUAGGAACUAAAAAAAGGGGACUUAAAGCUUAUCCCUCCCUUAGCCUUAGGGUCGCCUGCAGUGUUGUUGUGUCUAACUGCAAUGCAUCUUACUGGCAUGUUUAAGCUUUCAACAGCUGUUUCUGAAUCAGUUUGUGAAAAUGGAUGAAAUAUUUCUAGAACUCCACACUAAUGUUUACUUGUAUCUUCUGUUUCUUAAUUUACAUCAUAGUUCCUCAAUCACAGCACCUUAUGUUUCCAGGAGGCUUCUGAGAGAAGACUAACCGAGAUAAAUGAUGUGCCAAAAUGGCGGCAAAUUUUAACAGUUCAAAAAAACUCCACAGAAAUCACAUUGUGUUCAAAUCAAAAAAUCAAUUUUUGGCAGAGUGUCUCUUAGUUUCAUAUGUGUACUUUCAUUAAAAAGCAUAAGGGCACUGUAAGUCACUUGUAAUAAUUUGUGCAGCAUCAAGAGCAAGUGAGACUGUCACGGUGGUUAAGUGGUCAACAUGCUAGAUUUGAUGUGUUAAGAAGUCUUGGGAACUUCAAUUUCCACUCUGGGCUUCCAAUAAGUCAGUUUUUUUUUGGUCUGGGUACUCCUAAAAUUUAUCUCCACAGCUAAAACUAUAAAUAAUAAUGUCAAGCUCCCAAAAAAAUCCAUAACCUCCCUUGGGAGGUGAUUCAGGGGGGGUGUUUGUUGGUGUGACCCCCCCCCCCCCUUUCACCUCUCUAGAAAUUCCAGUUGAUAGGUUACACCAAUUCCUUAACAAAAUUUUGUCCUUUACCUAACACUUAAAGACACCCCACUGGCCCCUUAGAAUUUCUAAUAACCCGCCAGGGGGUGAGUAUGAAUAUUUGACUUUUUCUAGAAGAGCACUAUACCAAUUGGCUCAUUUCUAAAGUUUUAUUUGAAAUAUAUCUAUAUCUGUAUCGGUAUCUUGUUCCCUCAAAACCCUCUUAAAGGGUGUGAGAGUAUUAUUAUGACCAACAAACAAUAACUUUCCCGUGUGGAAUUCCAAAUGCCCAAAGCAACCAUCACUGAAUCUGCUAUAUAUGACUAUUGUAAAUUAAAAUUUGGAGGGCUCAUAACUAAUGCAUUGUAUUUGUUAAGGCCAAUUACGUUGCCAGUUUUCCAGACUGCUGACCUCAUUAUACCUCAUGAAUUCCCAAUCCUCCGAGUCACUCUCAGCUCUUUGACUCUUCCUAAAUUUGUUUAAAAUGCAGAUUGGAUCCUGGAGAAGGCCACUCAAAGCUCAACAAUUGUUGGAAUCAUUGGGUGGGUUGAUCUAACAGAUCCUGAGGUAUUGUUGGUCUUUUUAAAGUACAGACAGCUAGCCAUCUGAUCACCCAAUUAAACCCAUUUAAGUUUCUUUAUUUUAUAGCUACCAUAUUUUUCCAUCAAAGGAAGCUGUGCCUCACUGGUUUUAUAUUGAAAAUGCAAGUCUUAAUAUGAAUUUUUUUUUAUUUACUAGUUAUUUUAAUUUUUAUGUAUUCAUGACCUAUAAACCUGAGUUGUCUUCGGGAUUUUAGGCAGCUGGGAUGAUCCAUUUGAUAUGCAGGUGUAAAACAAUGUGUACGUCAUUACCUACAGUUCCUCGCAACCCCAGUUCGACAAGUUCCAAGUUUUUUUCUAGAUACUGACUCAAUUUGAACUGUAAGUUUGUCCUUAAUACAUGGUUACAAGUUUAUUAUAAAUAGGGGCUAAUUGCUCUUAUAGCCUUGGCUAAAUCUAAAUAUUAUGUGUUAUAUAAUUUGUGGUCACUCGUUUUCUUCCCUUCUAAUGCAUGUUUAACGGCUAUUAAUCCUAAUCAAUUCCCCCAUCCCCUCCCCCAUUAAAAGCACAAUAUUCUGAACCCUUCCAAUUACCUUUAAACCAAGAUAUGGCAACAAGACUACUAAUUCAGCCUUUACUUUUUAAUCUUUGGAUAAAAUCCUAUGAUGUUACCAUACAAAUUAAAACCUACUUGAGUCAAAUCUAUACAUAGUUUAUUAUUCCUUAUUUUGUUAUUUUAUUAUUUAUGUCAUAAGGUUUUUUUUUUUCAUUCUGGCCGCUGUUGUGAGUGAAAGGCUUAAAAUUUCACAAUUUGCUUUUGAAGGUUUUUACACGAGCUUUGCGAGUGUCAAAAUAUCCCCUACCCCUCACCCUAGAAUAUUCAUUGUCAGAGGCAGCCUGCAGAACGGACGUUAUUUUUUCACGUUCUUCAGGCGACCGAAGGCAUGCGCGAAGCGAGUGAGGACGUGAAAAAAAUGACGCCAGUUUGGAAGGCUAUGUCAGAAGCUGUUUGGGGGCAAAAUUAAUAGCAAAUACUUUUAGCCAUUUAGGACUUAAAGACAUUGCUUCUCCAUGCGAGUGUUUAUUUAUUUAAAUGUUAGGUAGAUGUUAUUUUGGACAACUACAUGAAUAAGCAUAAAAUAUUCAGAGGAGUAAGAAACAUCUUGGAGGGCGAGCCUGAUGACUGGCUUGGACAAGAGUCUGUUCUCAGAAGUUUAGGUAUUACUAAUAUACAUAUAAAUUUAUCAGUUCACUAUUUAUUAUCAAUACCCUUGUCUAUAAUAUUAUGUAAUUGAGAUGCAUGGGAAAGAAGUUGACCCCUGGCCUUCGCCUCAGCCAACAGCGCUCGCGCAUUUAGGCCGGUACACACGAGGGAUUUUGCUCCCGGAGCAUGCUCCAGGCACACUCCGGGAGCAAAGGUUCCGAGUGUACCAACGAUUUCAUGGGUAUAUUUCAUUCGCAAAAUGCUCCCGGGGCAAAUUGAAGGAACUUGAAAACGCUCCCUCGUGUGUACUGACACGUGCAAAAAGAGCCUGGAGCGUGCUCCGGGAGCAAAACCCCUCGGGUGUAUCGGCCUUUGAACCGAGUUGAUCCGGCUGGGAGAGCCAAACUGUUGCAUGGAGAAUAGUUGGCCCGGCCAGGAGGGUGACCAAACUAUCAAAAAAGAGUGACCCGGCUAGUCUGGUCACCCUUAUUUUUGUUUCUCAUGUAAACAGUUCGCUAUUUUUGUAAGGAAAUGUGGGAAACGUUGGCUCGCCUCCCCUCUCUCCCCCAGGGUAGCUCGGAUGGACAGGAGAGUGACCCUUCGCAGGACAAAUUUUGGGCAUAAGUGUGGCUUAAAGUUGAGCCUGAUGUGUAUUGUAGCGCUGAGAGUGAAACAAUAUAACGAUGUCGGUACUAGAAAGUUAAAAUUUUUCGUAACAACGGGAGUUUCUUUCAGUCUAAUGUCUAUUAUUUUCGCUGGGGAUAGCUGGUAUCUGUAUUUGCGAAACAUCCGUAAGGGCGGGAUGUCCGCAAGGCUUUAGUUGACUGUAUUUUCAUUUUGAGCCUGAAUUAAUUGUGCCUCUAUUUUACGCUUAAAAGGAAUAUCAACCUCCCAUAGUAGUGGGGCCAGUUAUGUAUAUCGGCAAUGUUGAUGUGAACGCUGAUUUUCAGGCUGGAACCUGAGUGAAACUUCCGUAAAGGACCUGCAAGAAGUGCCAGGACCUGGUUGUCGCUUUUGAAAAGCUCCAACUUUCUAUAAUAAUUCUCUGACUCGAAAAAUGAGUUUCCCACUGCGUGGUGGUCACAUGCGAGAGGUGGCCGCACAUAAAGAAUUUAAAGACCCACUGCACAUUUUCUUAUGCAAGGAAGUUCGACCUGAAAUAGUUUUCUUCAUUUAUCUUGAAGGAUUUCUUGAGAAAAGAGGACUCACAUACGAUCUUCUCAUUAGGUAAGUUGUGGGCAGUUUUUACACUCCCUUGCUUAAUUGACUCGUAAAUUCUUUGAAGUUUUUGUAAACCUACUCCCUAGUCUAUGAAGCACCUAGUAGCUAAUGGUGUGGUCUAAUAUUGUUAUACCAAGGGAGAUCCGAUUAAAUGACAUGAUCACAAGCUGACUCAGCCCAAUCAGCCAUCAAUCCCUAUUUUUGCCUCUAUAUUUUUGGAGGAUUCCCCAAGAGAACGAUCGAAGCGAUUCAGUUGAUUAUGUGGAAACCAGUCUAUAUUUAGACUUUAGGGCCGAGUUGUUCAAAACUGGGUUAAGAUAACCCAGGGUUAGUGCGAUAUUUGAAUUCAGAUGUGAAAGCUUAAAAAACAUUUUAGGUUUAAGUCUUUUUGUCUACAAGUUGAUGAUUGGAAGCUCUAAAAACAACACAGAAAUUAUCCGAGAAAAUUCUUUUGAACGUAAGAAAAAGAAACCCGGGUUAAAUUUAAUCCGUGAUUAAGGGCUAAUCGGCCUUCCAACAACUGGGCCAGUUUGUUUAAUUCACGAUCAAAAGUUGCCCAGAGUUAUAACCCUGGUUAAAUUCGUAGUAAAGUCGCCAGAAAUGCUGAGUUAUGUCGCCCAAAUUCGAAAUUUUAUCAUGCUCGACAACAUCUUAACAUCGUAUCAGUCAUUUAUCAUGCUUUUUUCGCAUCAUCAGGGCUUAAAGAACGAGAUAUAUUACACAUUUAUUAAACUGCUCGACUCCUUUCAUUUAUUUCCUUUUCGGACUGCCAAUUUCUUACUCUUCUUACUCCGAGACGCGACUAUUGAUGUAAACCAUAAUUUUUAAGUGUUAAGAAGUUUUGGUGUAUUUUGCCUUUUAUUUCGUUUAAUUCUAUUCGUUUUGUUUUCAGUGCUUAACAAUUGCGCACAUGGGUAUUUGCUGUACCUUUAAAAGCAUUUUUUUCGGGAGUUGAGCUUUUGUCCUCGAAACCUCAACCUUCUUAUUGUAAACUUGUCAUUUAUUGUCUGUUUCAGGACGAGACAUUUUAAGUUGGCAGACUCUGUUGUCAAGAAAUUCCCCAAGUAAGUCAUUUAUAAUUGUAAUGCGUACAUUAAGUGCAAAACAGCCAUGAAUUGAAUGUGCCUUUGCUUUCUGCGAGCAGCGGUUUCAGGAAUAACCUGACUUCUUUGCAGCCUAAGUAAUGCGCGAUUCCUACUGUCAUGUCCAUUGCAAGAAUCAGAAAUUAGAAAGUAACUCAGGUUCAAUAA